AUGACAGCCGUAAUUCCAUCCUGAUUCAACGCACAUGCAUUUUCUCUCCUCUUAGGGGCCCUGUUUUCUGUUACAAUGGAUAGAGAUUUAGAACAGGCUCUGGAUCGCGCAGAGAAUAUCAUUGAAAUUGCCCAACAGAGACCUCCUAGAAGGAGAUACUCACCUAGGGCGGGAAAAACUCUGCAGGAAAAACUUUAUGACAUUUAUAUAGAAGAAUGUGGAAAAGAGCCUGAGGAUCCUCAGGAAUUGAGAAGCAAUGUAAACUUGUUAGAAAAGCUUGUUAGGAGAGAGUCCUUGCCAUGUUUACUGGUCAAUCUAUACCCAGGCAAUCAGGGGUAUUCUGUGAUGCUCCAGAGAAAAGAUGGGUCCUUUGCAGAGACCAUUCGACUCCCUUAUGAUGAGAGGGCAUUGCUCGACUACUUGGAUGCAGAAGAAUUACCCCCUGCUUUGGCUGAUGUCCUUGAUAAAGCUUCGGUUAACAUUUUUCAUAGUGGAUGUGUCAUAGUAGAAGUUCGUGACUACAGGCAGUCCAGUAAUAUGCAACCUCCUGGUUACCAAAGCAGGCAUAUUCUCCUACGUCCAACAAUGCAGACUUUAGCCCAUGAUGUGAAGAUGAUGACAAGAGAUGUCCAGAAAUGGAGCCAGGAAGACAAGCUGCAGCUUGAGAGCCAACUGAUCUUAGCGACAGCUGAACCACUGUGUCUCGAUCCUUCUGUAGCAGUCGCCUGCACUGCAAACAGGCUGCUGUACAACAAGCAAAAGAUGAAUACCGACCCGAUGAAACGGUGCCUCCAGAGGUAUUCGUGGCCCUCUGUAAGGUCACAGCAGGAGCGGUCUGACUAUCCACCUCCUCCUGAGAUGAGAGUGUCGACUUCUGGCCAAAAAGAAGAAAGAAAAGCAGGUCAGCCUUAUGAGCUGGACAUUGCUAAAGCAGGACGUUGUGUAGACAUGUGGAAACGCAGAUCCUGGGAUUUGGCCGUGCCUUCGGAAGUGGAUGUGGAGAAACUUGCUAAAGAGUGUCAGCCCGUCACAGCUGCUGAGCCACAGCUCCCAGUCUGGCCAGCCCAGGAGGUAGAAGACCCUUUCAGAUUUGGAUGGGAAGCUGGCUCUCAGGCCUGGGACACCAAGCCAAGCAUCAUGCAGUCGUUUAAUGAUCCACUUCUCUGUGGUAAAAUACGGCCCCGUAAAAAAGCCAGGCAGAAGAGCCAGAAGUCUCCCUGGCAGCCCUUCCCAGAUGACCAUGCAGCUGGUCUCAGGCCUGGGUCAGAGACUGAUGCUGGGAGGGCAGUGAGUCAGGCCCAGGAAUCAGUGCAGAGCAGAGUCAAAGGUCCAGGCAAGAUGCCACACAGCUCCAGUGGCCCAGCCAGUGUCAGUCAGCUUUCUUCAUGGAAAACACCAGAACAGCCUAAGCCUGUGUGGGUCCAGUCUUCAGUAUUGGGGAAAGGAGAGAAAUAUCCACCUCCCCGAAACCAACUUCCCUCAAGCUCAGGAAAGAAUUCCUCAGGUACCAGUUUUCCCCCACAACAGGCAGGCAGCUCUCUUAAGCGUCCUUUUCCUGCUGCUGCUGCCGCUCCUGCGGCUUCUGCCGCAUCUCCUGCUGCUGCAGUUGCUGCUGCUGCUCCUGCCGCUUCUCCCGCUGCUGCUGCUGCUGCUGCUGCUGCUCCUGCUCCUGCUCCUGCUCCUGCUCCUGUUCCUGCUCCUGCUCCUGCUCCUGCCACUGCUCCUGCUCCUGCUCCUGCCACUGCUCCUGCUCCUGCUCCUGCUCCUGCUGUAGCUGCUGCUUCUGCAGCACCAAGUCAUUCUCAGAAGCCCUCUGUGCAUUUCAUUCAAGUUAGCAGGCCCUAUCCAGCUGCCCAGCCCCCCACCAGAUUCAUAAAAAUAGCCCCAGCCAUUCAGGUCAGGACAGGCUCCACUGGCCUAAAGGCCAUCAACAUGGAGGGCCCAGUCCGGGCAGCCCAGGCUUUGGGUAGCAGUUUCAAGCCUGUGCAGUCCCCUGGCUCGGGUGGCCCGGCUCCUGCAGGAAUCAGUGGCAGUGGCCUUCAGUCCUCAGGAGGUCCACUACCAGAUGCAAAGGCCAGUGCAGCACAGGCAUCUUCUCAAGCACCCCUUCAGUUUUUCCUAAAUACUCCUGAAGGUCUCAGGCCCAUGACUGUCCUCCAGGUUCCACAGGGCUCCGUGGUUUUGAGCAGCACGCAGCAGCAGUUCCAUCAGCUGGUUUCCCUGCAGCAGCUCCAGCAGCCCACAGCUGCUCACCGUCCUCAGCCAGGGCCACAGGGUUCCGCACAAGGUAUGAGCACUCAAGGGCAGGCCUUCCCUGCUCAGCAGCUUCUUAAGGUGAACCCCACUGGAGCAGGUAGUGGUCUGCAGCCCCACACUGGGUUGGGUCUACUUGGCUCUGCCCAGGUUCCUCAGCAGGGUAUCCAGCUCCCCUCUGUCUUGAGGCAGCAGCAGCAGCCACAGCUGCGGCUGAAGCUGCAACCGCGGUCACAGCCGCAGCUGCCACAGCCGCCGAAGCUGCAACUGCAGCAGCAGCCACAGCCACAGCAGGAGCAGCCACAGUCACAGCAGCCACAGCCGCAGCAUAUCCAGCUCCAGACGCAGCAGUUGAGAGUCCUGCAGCAGCCAGUGUUUUUGGCAACAGGCGCUGUUCAGAUAGUGCAGCCACAUCCAGGUGGGCAAGCAGCGAGCCAGUCGGUAGUGCAGACGAAGGGAGGCAAGCCAACCCCACCAGCGCCCUGAGGCUUCUGGUUGUUUGUCUCUCUUUUAAAAGCACAGGAGCACUGACCCAAAUGAAUUCCCAGUUUUUACUUGAGUUUGGUGUUUUUUUUCCUCAUGUUUUGGUAUUUUACAUUUUAAAAUACACAUUUUACACAGAAGCACAAUCCACUAAUUUUUAUUUAGAAACAGGGAAGUGAUCUCCUAAAGGAGCAUUGUUUUGCUUAAGUUACUCCUUUUGUUGUCGUUGCUGUUGAUAUAAUUAGUUUUAAUAUAGUAUUUUAAAGUGUCCAAAUCCCAACCAGUUUGAGUUUAAACUUGUGAAGUGUAUAAUUUCUCUAAAGCCAUAAGAUGGCAAUACCAACAAUGUUAAUAUUUUAACAAGAUUUUAAUUUUAAGUUAAUAUUUUAACAAGAAGAGCAGGAUUAAGUUUUUUAAAAUGGUGGUAAAAACAUAUAAUCUAAAAUGGACCACCUUAAUUAUUUUAAGUGCGCGGUUCAAUAGUAUUAAGUCCACCCCCACAGUUGUGCCGCAGGUUUCCAGACCAUCUUACAACACUGAAACUCAUGCCCAUUGAAUACCAGUUCCCCAUUCUCCCUUGCCCAGUCCCUGGCAGCCACUGUUCUGCUUUCUUUCUCUAUGAGUUCACCACCCUGGCCACUUCAUGGAAGUGGAAUCAUAUGGCAUUUGUCCCUUGGUGAGUGGCUUAUCUCACUUGGCAUAAUGUCCUCACGAUCUAUCCCUGCUGUCUCAUGUCACAUGAAGGUCAUUGCUUUUUAAAAAUGGUCUCACUGUACAUAAUAUAUAUGAAAGUGACCCAUGAACUCUGAGAAACCUCUUUCAGAAGAGCGUAAUUGUAUUUAGAUUAAUAGGUUUAUGCACAAUAUAUGGAAUGGAAUUAUUACACAUUCAUUUUGAAAAAUAAAAUGAAAGUACAGUACAGUGAUGCUUGUUACACUGCAGUUGAGUACAUGGGAGACUUCCAAAGCUAUGGAAUAGAAUUAGUGGCAGAUUUGCUUGUGUGACAGUCCCCUGCCCUUUCAAAGGCCCUGUCUGCACCUAGUGCUCCACAGAGCGAGGCUCUCUCACUGGCUUUGAAAAGGCUCUUCCUGGAUGUUUUGUGUGCUCUCUCUUUAUAAGAUCAUUUACAUUUUUUGUAGUUUGUUUGCAAGAAGUUAAUAGUGAAACAUUUGAAAAUCCAUUUUAUUGGUUUGCUUUUCAAAUAUUUGUAGCCUUGUUUCUUAAGUAGAACCCCCGUCUUUGUCUUUUUCUCUUUGUUGAUGCGUCAUCAUCAGUUGUUCAGCCGUUUCUGUUCCCUCAUUUUUUCCCUCAUUGCAGUGAGACUCAAAGAAACAUGAACUUUUGUGCGCUUUUGUUUUCCCUUUCUUUUUCCUUUUUUAACAACUAAGGGGUAAUCACAGAACAACCAACCAUUGUAAAGUACAGUUGUAAAGUGGCAUUUAGUACAUUCAUGAUGUUGUACAACUACCCCUCCUGUUUCCAAAACAUUUUCAUCACCCACCAAGAAGUCUCUGUAUCCAUUAAGCACUAGCUUGUCAUCUUCACACCCCCAGCCUCUGGCAACCACCAAUUUGCUUUCUGUUUCUAUGGAUUUACCUAAAUAUUUCCUGUAAAUGUAGUCAUACAGUAUGUGGUCUUUUGUGUCUGGCCUCUUUCACUCGGCAUAAUGUUUUUGAAGUUCAUCUAUGUUGUAAAAUGUAUUGUUACUUCAUUCCUUUCUGUGGUUCAAUAACAUUCCAUUGUUUGUAUACAGCACAUUUUGUACAUUCAUCCGAUGAUAGACAGUUGAUUUUUGUCUGUCUUCUGGCUGUUGUGCGUAUGGCUGCUGUCAACAUUUGUGUACAAGUAUUUGUUUUAGUGCCUCUUAUAUUUUGCUCUGUUACACCUUUGAAGGGUACCCUGUUUAUAUAAUAUUUGUUUUUCUAAGUACACAUGUAUGUUUCUCUGCCUUUUGCCUUAACUAAAUGAAAAGAAGGUUGGUCUGGCAGUCCCAAAAGACAUCAGUGAAGAGGCAGGUAACUGGUUAAUCUUACUUGACAAAACCUAUUACUAAUGUGCUAGUGAUGCUGUUAAAGAAAGAUUUGGCCAACUUCAAGAAAACACAUCGAAUUUCCUGAGUGACACCAAGUCCAUCAGAUCAUCCUGGGCAUAAUUGGGAAUGGUGCCUGCACUUUUAAGAAGCAAACCGGUGCAACAGCUGGUUGCAAAGAAGAGUUUCUCCUUAGCUUUGGGUGCCAACUAGAGACCUGAACUCAGAAUAUCAUCAGAUUUGGUCUACUUCCUUCCUUUGUUGUCUAUCUGGUCCUUUCAAGUACUACAUGGAGCUACCAGCCAAACUUGUGCUUGAGUGAUGUGGCUCUUUCUUCCCAGUCAGGCAAAUAAAUUCAGCUUUGUUUCAGAUGA